AUGCAGGAACCGAUCUCCCGCCCGGACCGACAGCCGUCCCUUGCCGAUCACUACAACCUUCCGCUCAAACGACCGAAGCCAUGGAAGAGCACGGAACGGUCCUGGACUCGCACCCAGCUGGACAGAGAGAGACACGAAUUCUUCGAGACACGGGUGACAGGAAGACCAGAAAUCUGGGAUGGCCUCAUGCAUGCGCUCUUGUGCUUGCGAGAGGGGGAUUUGGCAGAUGCGCAGGGCAUCCUGAACGCGCUCGCCAUCACAUUGCCCACGGGAAGGCUCGAGGACGGUGCUUACGAUGAAGUCGGAAACUUGUACACUCUACCUGAGGCGGUCAUAUCGGAUCCUAUCGACGUUAUCGAGGGCAGGGCGGAUCCGGAGUAUGUGCCAGAGCUGGGUAUCAGUGACGUGGAUGUGCUCUCAUCCAAGUUGGAGGCCGCCGGCGAACGACCCAAUACCUUGAACCAGGAAGACACCAGCAGCGAGAAGGCCAAAGAAGCCAAGGGAAAGGCGGUCGUGGAGAGGGACGCUAUGAAGGUCAAAUGCCGUCUGAGUGAUCGUGGAGGGCCCGACGUCGUUGUACUCCUCGGCAAGAAUCAGAGGGUUGCCGCUCUCACCCAGAGAAUCAGAGAUGAAACUGAGGUUCCUAGUCAGGCGCAAAUACGAAUUGCAUACUUAGGCAGGAUCUUGGACAACAGACUCUCUCUGCCCGAACAAGGCUGGAAGGAGGGCCAUGUUGUCAACGCGCUGGUUGUCGGCAGGUUUGCUUGA